AUCAAUCAAUCAAACAUAUAUAUCAAUAAUAAUAAUAAGAUGGAAGACGACUCGUCAAACGGUUAUGAACACGAUCAGUUCAUGAAGACCAAGAUUGGUCUAAUCUUUGUGAUAUUCGCAAUGACCUUGGGCGCCAGUUAUGUUCCAUUCGCACUCGGUCGAUCAGGUGUCAAGAACUUGGUGGUGAUUCUAUCAUUCAUGACAUGUUUUGCCGCAGGUAUCAUCUUGGCUGGUGCAUUCAAUCAUUUGUUGCCAACGGCCAAUGAACUGUUUGUGGCCUACUUUGAAAAGGUCCAUCCAAACAACAAGUAUGGCAACUUCCCCUACGCACCAACAAUCGCAAUUCUCAUCCUAUUCAUGUUGAUCGCAUUGGAUAAGUUGGUGGUGGAGAAAGGCGUGGGAGGCGAGGCAGGUCACAAUCACAUGGACCUGUCCGCGCAGCUCAACGAGUCGUCCAAACUGUUGGACAAUGGAGACAUCACACUUGGAAGUUAUAAUGGCACGUCCACUGGAGGAGGGGGUGGAGCAGACCUCUCGCGAUCAAUCACAGGUGGUGCAUUUGGCAGUGGACACGGACAUGGAGGACAGGAUGGCGCCGACAACAUGCACGAGCAUGAGAGCAUCAACAAUGGAAAGUCACAUGCCGCCAAUGUUAGUCAGGCUUGGAUAUUCAUGCUGGCGCUGUCUGUUCAUUCAAUCUUUGAUGGACUGGGUCUGGGCGCAGAGAACGACCCCAACAACUUUUAUGGUCUGCUGGUGGCCGUCCUAGCGCACAAGGCGUUGGAUGGCUUUGCCCUGGGCGUGCCAGUCUACUACGCCAAGUUUUCGAGACUGCAGACGGCAUUGGCAUUGACAUUCUGUGCGGCAAUGACACCGCUGGGCAUCGCCAUUGGCAUGAUCAUCUCGCACUUUUACACUGGCGAAGGGUCCAACCUUGCAGAGGGUAUCAUCCUCUCAAUCACAACAGGCUCCUUCUUGUACAUCUCACUCAUCGAACUACUUCCAUCGGGUUUCAGUCAACCCGAUUGGAUGAAAGUCAAGCUGUCACUCGCAUUCACAGGCUGGGCCAUACUAGCUGUACUCGCACUCUGGGUAUGA